CAGAGACCAAAACACAUCUCAGGAAAAGCAGCAACAUUUUGCAAGGCUCAAGGAUUUCUGGUACAUCAGUGGCAGGCCAAGAAGGAGCACCUCUUCUACUGCUAUGAAAGGAAACCUCUAAGUUCUAACCCUGUACCAUUAACUAUUGUCCUCUACAAGAUCUGGAAAACAUGAAGGCUGUAGCCCUCUUCAUUUGUCUUGUAGGACCAGUUUUUGCUAUUUCAACCCAUCCUGUAAACCACAAGCUCAGAACUCACAGACAGAAAACUCCAGAAAAGAGUGAAUAUAUUCAUCCAGAAGCUUCAAAGGAAGAGAACACAGGGUAUGUAGACGAGGGUGAUUUGCUGCCCACUCCCAGAAACUUAAAACCAGGCUCUGAAGACAGGGAUGGGCCCCAGACCAUGAGGAAACAAGAAAGAACUGGGAGCAAGCAUCAAGUGAAAAACAGCCUGAAAAGCAUUGACUUCCUUGCACUGCACAAUAAACUAGGUUUGGCUUCUGAUAACCAGGACAGUGACUCUGGGAGCAGCAGCAGAGAACAGUCCAGCUCUGAGCACGACCAGCUCAGGAAACAUGAGAAACAUGGGAACAUGGCAAACCGACACCUUCCAGGCCACACAGAACACCCAGUGGGUGCUUUCAGCCUUCAUCAUGAGCAUAACAUGUGGAAAUAUAACAAAAAUGCUGUUGGCCUGUCUGAAAAAGCCAGUCAAAGUGAUGAUGAGGAAAGCAUGGAAGAGGAGGAUGAGAAAUGGGGUGAAGAAACUGAUUACAGAGACACAAAGCAUAAAGACCAUCAGACACAUCAAGGUGACCAAUACAAAAGACAGCAACAUGAGAACAGCAUGCAAUUAGAUGAACUCCUGAGAGAUUCCAGACAACUAACCCGGAAAACCAAGAGACACAGCCAGAAAUUUGACCUAGAGGAAGAAGAGAGGGAGAACAGGAAGAAGUCCUAUAAAGAAGAAAUCCCCCUCUCUCAAAAAACCCAUAAUGAAUAUCAGGAUGGCAAGCAGCAAAGUCAAGAGAGAAAAUACCAUAUUCAAGUGAACUAUCAGAGUGAUCAUGACACGGUGGUGAAAAUACAAGAUAGGGAAGACAGUAAUGCUGAUGACAGUCAUGACAGUGGUGACAUUGGUGGUGAGGAAUAUCUCAGCAAUACCUGGAAAAAAACAGCCUAUGAGGAAGAGGAGAGAACCCAGAGUAAUGACCAGGAGAGCACCAGUACCGAGCCUGAAGGGGAAGGAACCACUGAAGAUGACACUGCAGUUCACAGAGAGACAGAGGAUUACCAAAUUGUCAAGAUUAAAGACCUUGCUUAUUCUGAACAAGAUUAUUAUGAUCAUGAGCCACCCAAUUCUGACAACAAGCAGCAACUGAAAAUUAGUAGCUCCAUUCAGAACAUUAAUUCAAUGGACAGUGAAGAUAAGGUUAAGACUACAGACAGUUCCCAUGGUGAGAUGGAAAGUGUCAGCAGCAGGAAUGAGGAGGCUCUCCUUGACACAUGUCAGAACUUCCACUGCAAAAGAGGCAAAGUCUGUCAUGCAGACAAACAAGGGAAACCCCACUGCAUUUGCCAAGAUCCUGCUGCUUGCCCUCCCACCAAGGACUAUGAGCAUGUUUGUGGUACAGAUAACAAAACUUAUGAUGGGACAUGUCAACUCUUCGGCACCAAAUGUCAACUGGAAGGAACAAAAAUAGGACGCCAGCUGCACCUAGACUAUAUGGGCUCCUGCAAAUACAUCCCCCCCUGUACUGAUUAUGAAGUGGAUCAGUUUCCCCUCCGGAUGCGAGACUGGCUUAAGAACAUCCUUAUUCAAUUUUAUGAACGUGACCUGAACACUUCUGGGAUUCUAACCGAAAAGCAAAGGAAUAAGGUAAAAAAGAUCUAUCAGAAUGACAAGCGCCUUCUGGCUGGUGACCACCCGGUUGAGCUGCUCCUGCAUGAUUUUGACAAAAAUUACCACAUGUAUGUGUAUCCUGUGCACUGGCAGUUUCACCAGCUUGAUCAGCACCCUGUUGACAGAUUAUUAACACACUCGGAGCUUGCACCCUUGAGAGCCUCCCUUGUUCCCAUGGAACACUGCAUAACCCGUUUCUUCCAAGAGUGCGAUGGAGACCAGGACAAACUCAUUGCUCUGAAGGAAUGGUGCCACUGCUUUGGGAUUAAGGAAGAGGACAUAAAUGAAAAUCUCCUUUUCUGA